GGAAAAAGUUGUUGAAAAUUUCCUUUGGAAUAUGACUAUGCUUGCCACACAAACUGAUUUGCUAAAGCAAGUUUAUGAACAGAGCUGCUCUGCUAUUAAUCAACUUCGUAAUUUGAUGCCAGUGUUUAGCAAGUUGUUCCAGAAAGAAAGGGAAAGCAUAAUUUCUGCCAACACACAAAAUGCACCAGCAACACCUGUGCUCUCCAAUCAAAUAAACCUUAUGCCUUCCUCAGAACAGAUACCACUGACUCCAACAUCUCCUGGUGAUGGUAGGUUACGUGGAAUACUAAAGAAGACUAGUGCACCACCGAUACUUCAGUCCACUGAGAGUCAGCUUGAUAGCGGAAGUAGUGCAUCAUCUGUAUUUUUUCCUGGUGACAUAGGAGAAAACACUAAUAGGUAGCAAGAAGCACAAAUAGUGGAACUGAUAUACUUUUCAUCUGUUAUGUUCAUUUAGACUGAGUGAAGGGCUCAAGAGGGAAAUGCCAUUUCAGUGGGAUGCUAACUUCUGCAGGUUAUCUUUAUUGAAAGUUUAUAUAUUGGCAGGAAAGAUUACAGAUGUGUUUGAGCAAUCAACACAAUUAUGUGAAAUAUCCAGUUUCGAAUUUUUUUUUUUAACAACCUUUUAAUUUUUUUGUGAGUUCUAAAAAAAAAAAUUUCCCAUAUGGACAAACCCAGAAGUUGGAUUAAAUCUUAUUCUUCUGCAGAAAAAGUAAUAUUACAUUAAUAGUAAUAUUACAGGGUGCGUAUCGUUUUUAAAAAGUACUUAAAGGUGCUUAUUUUCAAUUUUCGUUUUUUAAAAGCCCUUUAAGGUUCUUUUUUCAUUGGCUUUUUUUAAAAAGUGCUUAAUUUUCCCUAUUUCAAAAUGAAAUUUUUCCUUUGCCAUGUUCAUUUUCGCUGUGAAUUAUGCAAAGAGACGCAGUUCACAUUGUUCUGUUCAACGUUUUCACAAUUCAUUCAACCCCAAUCUAUUUCGACGUAUUGUCAGUCCAUAGCGUUUGAAAACACCAUUCGUUUUACAUGAUUCAAAAUUUCAUGAUUUUU